AAUAUUGCAUAUUUAAAUUUUGAAAUCGUUACUGCUUCAGCCUUAAAUUUUUGCCAGCAUCUGCAGUGGAUACAGCUCUGGGAUCGCUGUUAUCCAAUAGGGCUGAACUACUGCAAAUAAAACAGUCUGUUGUCAGCCCAAUGACUGAGGGAUGCAGUGGCCUGGGAACACUGAGGAUGUCUAUCUACAUCAUCUGUAUCUGGAAAUCGUUCGUUGUGGAAUCUCGGUAGGUAUCCCUCUGCCCCACUUUUUUUCCUCUUCAUUCUGUCGCCGCUGUCUGCUGCUCCAGUACUGAAAAGCGCGUGCUGGAGGUUCAAGAUGCUCAGGCGCACAUAUUUUGCCAGUGUGAAAGCGCACUGCUGAAACUGCGAGCCCUGCUAUUCGACGAGGGGCUGUAGUUCGAGAUUACUCUGUAGGAAGGGGUUUUUAGCUCGUGCUAGCAGAGCGGUAGGAAGAUUCUGGGCUUUGAUGUUUUUAUAUUUAGCGGCGCGCGUGCGCGUCCACGUAUACACCCACUGUCACAAAAAAAGGUAAUCUAAACAGAAAAAAGCACAGCGGAAAUCCUCAGAGCCGCGCGCGUGUAGCAGUAUGGAUUAAUCAACGAAGAGGGGCUAGUACGAGAAAACGGAUACAGAGAGAGAUCCUGUGGUGUUACCAGAUAAUCUGUGAGUGCCCAUAAAACAGCAUGAAGCUGAAGCAGGGGUGGCAGCGUUUCUGCACAAAGACUCUACUACUUAUCUUUAUUCUGAUACAGAACAGCUCAUACACUGAAGCGACAGAGAACACGGCUAUAGAUUAUGUGAAUUCAACAGAUAAGAUCAGUUGCGGAGGAACAUCUGAGUGCAAACCCGGCAUUCUUCUGCCAGCAUGGCAACCAAACAAUCCAUCAUUUGGUGACAAAAUUGCAAGGGCUGUCGUCUACUUUGUUGCUUUAAUGUACAUAUUUCUGGGUGUUUCAAUUUUAGCAGAUAGAUUCAUGGCAUCCAUAGAGGUGAUCACAUCACAAGAAAAAGAAAUGACAAUUACCAAACCCAGUGGAGAAACAAGCAUAAUGAAUGUACGUGUAUGGAAUGAAACUGUAUCUAAUCUUACACUAAUGGCAUUAGGAUCUUCUGCUCCAGAGAUUUUGCUGUCUAUCAUAGAGAUCUGUGGGCAUAACUUUGAGGCUGGAGAACUUGGCCCUGGGACCAUUGUUGGCAGUGCUGCUUUCAACAUGCUUGUUAUCAUUGGCCUCUGCGUUUAUGUAAUUCCAAACGGGGAAGUUAAAAAAAUCAAACACUUGAGGGUGUUUUUUGUAACAUCAACUUGGAGUAUAUUUGCUUACAUUUGGCUUUACCUAAUUUUGGCUGUCUUUUCUCCAAAUGUUGUUCAGGUCUGGGAAGGGAUUUUGACUUUCAUGUUUUUCCCAGUUUGUGUUAUUUUGGCCUGGAUUGCUGACAGAAGGUUGCUUUUCUAUAAGUUUGUAUACAAGCGGUACCGCGCUAAUAAGCAUAGAGAUGUCAUUAUAGGAACAGAAGGGGAAUAUCCUAAAGCAGUUGAAAUGGACGGUAGCUAUAUAACUGACAAUAGGGAUGGCAUCUUUCCUGAUAGCACCAUGGCUGCUGUUGAGGCAAAGGAGUUGGAUGAGAACCGCAAAGAAGCUAUUAGAAUUCUUAAACACCUUAAACAAAAAUAUCCAUACCAUGAAUUAGAGCAGCUAGUGGAAAUGGCCAAUUACUAUGCUCUCCUUCACCAACAGAAAAGCAGAGCAUUUUAUCGGAUUCAGGCAACCAGAAUGAUGACUGGAGCAGGAAAUAUUUUAAAAAAGCAUGCAGCAGAUCAAGCAAAAAAGGCAGCUAAUCUUCAAGAACUGCAGUCAGAUUCCACAGAAGAGAACAGCAGCAAGAUUUACUUUGACCCCUGUGAAUACCAGUGCCUAGAAAACUGUGGCAUCGUCACGCUUUCAGUUGUUUGUGAGGGAGGCGAAGGCAAAAGUACAUUCUAUGUUGAUUACAAAACAGAAGAUGGUUCAGCUAAUGCUGGCGCUGACUACGAGUAUACUGAAGGUACCCUGAUUUUCAAACCAGGGGAAGUGCAAAAAGAAAUCAAGAUUGGAAUAAUAGAUGAUGAUAUAUUUGAAGAAGAUGAGCAUUUCUUUGUUAGAUUAUCAAAUCUAAGGAUUGGAGAUGCAGAAGGCAUGUUUGAAUCUGAACCUACUCCAUAUCCCAAGGGUCGUCUUGUUAAUCCUUUGGUUGCCACAGUGUCCAUUCUAGAUGAUGAUCAUGCUGGGAUUUUUACAUUUAAAGAUAAAUCCCUCCAUGUGAGUGAGAGUGUUGGAAUAAUGGAAGUAAAGGUGGUGCGGAACUCUGGUGCAAGAGGGACAGUUAUCUUGCCCUACAGGACAAUAGAAGGAACAGCAAAAGGUGGAGGAGUUGAUUAUGAAGAUGCCUGUGGGGAACUGGAAUUUCAGAAUGAUGAGACUGUGAAAACCAUUCAGGUCAAGAUUGUUGAUGAUGAAGAAUAUGAAAAACAAGAAAGCUUCUUUAUAAUUAUAGAGCAACCCAGGUGGAUAAAGCACGAUAUUUCAGAUGAUGCAGAAAACACUGCACCUACAGCUGAGGGUGAAGAAGCCAAACGAAUUGCAGAAAUGGGCAAGCCAAUACUGGGAGAACAUUGUAAACUGGAAGUCAUAAUUGAGGAGUCAUAUGAAUUCAAGAGCACUGUGGACAAGCUUAUUAAGAAGACAAACUUGGCCUUGGUCAUUGGUACACAUUCUUGGAGGGAACAGUUUCUGGAAGCCAUCACUGUCAGUCCAGGUGAACAUGAUGAAGACGAUGAAGCACACGAAGAAAGGUUGCCUUCUUGUUUCGAUUAUGUCAUGCAUUUUCUGACUGUUUUUUGGAAAGUCCUCUUUGCAUUUGUCCCUCCAACUGAGUAUUGGAAAGGAUGGGCCUGCUUUUGUGUCUGUAUCAUUGUAAUUGGCCUCCUCACUGCCUUGAUUGGUGAUCUGGCUUCCCAUUUUGGAUGCACAGUAGGAUUAAAGGAUUCAGUCACUGCUGUGGUGUUUGUGGCUCUUGGAACAUCUCUGCCAGAUACAUUUGCCAGCAAAGUAGCUGCAAUGCAGGACCAGUAUGCUGAUGCCUGUAUUGGCAAUGUAACAGGCAGUAAUGCUGUAAAUGUCUUCCUUGGAAUUGGAUUGGCCUGGUCAGUUGCUGCUAUCUACUGGGCUACUCAAGAAAAAGAGUUUGUAGUUGAAACUGGAUCCCUUGCCUUUUCUGUCACUUUGUUCACCAUUUUUGCAUUUGUUAACAUCGGUGUGCUGUUGUACCGCAGGACACCUCGUAUAGGUGGAGAACUGGGUGGUCCAAGGGGUGCAAAAAUAUUUACAUCACUUUUAUUCAUAGGUCUCUGGCUCUUGUACAUAUUAUUUUCCAGUCUUGAAGCUUACUGUCAUAUAAAGGGUUUCUAGUACCUAAAAGAAUGGCUUUUAUUAGUUUGGCAUGGGCCAAAGGUACCUAGUGUUGUACAUUCCAGCUCCUUCUUUCCUAAUUAGUAUCUUUUUAAAAGUUUGAGGAAGAAACGUGUCAAUUUCACAGAUUUUGAUAAAUGACACCAGUGUAUUAGCGUCAAUUAUACUUCAGACUAGCAUGUUGCUGACUGAUAGCACUGCAUUCACAUUCCAGGUGCUACAAGUAUUAAGUUGCGUUGGAGAAAAGGGGCAUGCUUUGUGAGCCAUUUAUAAGUUAAUUUUUUAAUUCAGCUCAUGCGUAGUAUGUUUGUCUUUUCUAAACUGUCUUACCUGUCGAUGCUAAUUAAAAUAUAUAAAAUACAAUGUCUGACUUUUCAGGUUAUAAAAAUGGAUUAAUAUCAAACAAAGUUGUAGUCACCAGAUUAAAAUUUAUUUCUACCAAAAUAACGUGCAGAAAUAUGAGAAAGUAUAAACCUCAACAUUUUGGUCAUCUAACACGAAUCUCUUCUGUCACAUUUUAUGGCUGGACUGUAAUUUCACUGCUGGCAUUUCAUGUGCACAUAUAUUAGUUUUAUAUGACAAACAAUCUAAUUAACUGAAAAUACAACCUAGUUUGACUGGCUUGUCAAUUUGGUUGCCAUAUAUGGGAUACACACUACUGCCAGACUGAUUAUAAUUAUUUAGUUACAAACUUAUACUGCCAGACAGAUUGUAAUGAUAUGCUGCUUUGUUUAUUUAUGCAUUUGUUUACAGUCAUGUCAGUCUGCUGUCCUUUUUUUUCAAACACAAGCUGGGUGUGGUAAAUUAGUUUUUUUUUUUUUUUUUACACUAUGAGAGGAAAAUAGUUAACUGUCUAUUUAGUGGCUAAAAGAAAAUCACCUGUUAUUUGUAAAAAGCAAACUGAAGUCAUACAUCUGGUACUGAUUAGUUCUUAAUCAAACCUGAGACAUUCUGCAAUCGAUUUGCAUAUCUCUACAUUCCAUUUUCAAAAAUUAAGACUCAUAAGGGAGUUACAUCCUAUUACUGUUCAAAUGGAUACUAUAAAACUUCACUCCCUGCACCACCAUAAUGCUACCCCUUCCAUCAAACCUAACAUUACACCUUACCUUCAUAAAAACCUUCCUGUAACACUGCCAUUGCACAAGAGUCACUCGGACACACAAUCAUUCAUCAACUCACACAAGCAACAUUAUAUCUGUCCCAUAUCCUGACCCUAACCCUAAAAUACACAACCUUGAACACAAACAUACAAUACAUAUCCUUCACUCAUCCCCAACCCUAGCCCUAACUCACAUACACAAAAACUCUCACCCACCAACCCUACAUAUCUGUAUCGACAUUACACACCAUAGACAUUUCCACUGCUCAGCUAUCUGUACCAUUGAUAUUAAACCAUAUCCACUGCUUUUGUCAAAGAAACGUCAUUCAACAAAAUGUAGGGGAAACCUCUAUAUAUAUAUAUAUAUAUAUAUAUA